AGGCGGCCUGGCGGGAGGAAGGAGGCCUGCUUAUUAACCUCAUCUGCUGUCCCUUGCUGGUUGGCUGCACUUUGGAUCAGCUGAGCUGGAUGAAUUUCAUCCGAGGAUACGUGAAGAACCAGCUGGAGCAAUCUCUGGAAUGUUAUUGUGGGCAAGGAGUCCAAAGAUAACGACUGGUGCUGAAGAGAAGCAGGGCCCCAGCUACAGACCUUGCCAGCCCCGCUUUUGCAGCCAACAAGACCUCAGGGGAUCCACCGUCUCACAAAUCCAUGGCAUUUGCACCUGCUAAAAACAUGGACGGCCCCAAGCUACAAACCAAAAUGAGCACGUGGACCCCCCUCAACCAUCAACUCAUGAAUGACAAGGUAUUUGAAGAAAGAAGAGUCCUGCUUGGAAAAUGGUUUGACAAGUGGACGGACGCCCAGAGGCGGCGGGUGCUGGGGGACCUGCUGGGGCGCUGCUCCCUGGCCCAGCAGAAAUUCUGCGCCAGGCACCUGCAGGAGCGAGUGCCCCGUGAGGCGCUGGAUUUCACCAUGCAGCUCCCUCGCGUGCUCUCCUUGUACAUCUUCUCCUUCCUGGAUCCUCGGAGCCUCUGUCGGUGUGCACAGGUGAGCUGGCACUGGAAGUACCUGUCGGAGCUGGAUCAGCUCUGGAUGCUGAAGUGCCUACGUUUUGGCUGGUAUAUCAACUUCUCCCCAACCCCAUUUGAGCAAGGAAUCUGGAAGAAACAUUACAUUGAGAUGGUGAAAGAGCUGCGUGUUACAAGGCCAAAGACCCCUCCAAGGGAUGAGUUUGUAGUUACCAAUGUGAAGCCAGUGAGGAGCAACGUCCCCGAGGCAAAACCUUCUCUUUCGCCAGCUUUGCCAUCAGCUUCUGUGCUAGGAAAGAGGAGAGACAAGGAGAAAAAGGUGCUCCCGCCGUGGCGCUCCUCUGACAGGCACCCGACGGACACCAUCCGAUUCAACUACCUCGACAACUACGAUCCCAUCGAACAGGCGAGGCGGGCGAGRAGGAAAGGAGGAGGGGAGACCCCAGACCUCAGCCAUCAGGCAGCCGAGAAAAAGAAGAAAGCGGCCCGAGGAGCUCCCAAGCUCCGGAAGGCAAAUUCCCUGCUGUCGCUUCCGACGGAUCUCGAGUCCGUUCCGAAAACGCCCGUUCGUCCCAGCUGGGCCGCUCAGCAGCCGGKGGGAGAGGUGCCCAGCAAAGCUGCUCUGAAGACCCUAAUCCAAAGCCCCCAGUGGAACGCGGGGAUACGACCAGCGCCCGUCCAAGCAGCAGCACCCAAGCGGCGUGAAAGAGGGAGGAAGGACUUCAGGACAGACACCAGGUGUCCAUCACCUCUGCUGUUUGAGGCGCAGCCAUGGCACAUUCCUCCAUCAAACCCAGGAUCUGAUACGGAGUGAGGAGGAUCCAGAAUAUCUUUCAUGUCAGCAGAACAAAGGCUUAUCUGCCUGGGAAACAACAGCAACAUUAAGGGACUCACAGGCUGUGCUCAGCGAAGAGCAGUCGCUUUUGAAGCCUUCCCAAGGAUCCAGCUUUAUUUUUAUCAGCUCUCACUAAAAGGGACAUUCCCAUUGACCUCAAAAUGGGCAGGGAGAUCCUGGUCCAUUCU